AUGGUUAGGGCCUUUCUUUUCACGGCUUUAUGUGCCGUUGCGGCAACAACCGCUCGGGCCUUCUCGUGGGGAGGCGAAAGAAGAGUAGCAGUUCCCGACCAUCAAGUGAACAUCGACCGCAACCUCCAGCCUUCAGAUCUGCUUCGAGAGUCUUCACGCCUACCAAACAUCUACGCCGUCGCCCUAAGUGAGCUUCAAGAACUCGAAUCCGAACCGUUUUGCCAUCGUGUCGCCGCCCGACUCUUAGUGAACAACUGUCAACUAGUAGACGGAAAGAACGACGCCACCAUACUCACAGACACCGGCCGGCAAGUUCGCGACUUUGUUGACUCCUAUGCUGCCAGUCUAGCAAUAUGUGACUUGGAGCGAGGCAGGUUCAAUAUCCCGGCGCAAUGUGCCAAGUUCCGGGAACCGGCCUUGAGUCAGAUCGCGAUCCGGGACCAAGCACAACUCCACGUUAGCAGUUAUGAGAUCGACCACUGUCUGUCUGCUUUGAAAUCGUCAGAUGCUGCGUGGAACACAUGGAUUAGUUAUCGGCACAAGGCUUUGAGGUUCUGUGAGGCGGCCAGAGCGGAUAAUGAAAAAGCACAAAACAUUCUCCUAUACCAGCGACUUACCAACGUUAUGAGGAACCUUACAGAAGGCGUGGAAGCUCAACUUCACAAGCAAAUGGAUCAACUGGACCUGCGAACACAACAGUCCAUCAAGAAUCUCGAUAACCUCACACCACAGAUCGACAAAUUGAGAGAUGGACUUGCCAUGGUUCAUGAUUAUCUGGCGACCGAUGUUGGAGCAACACUCCGAAGGUCCUCUGCCUCCCUACACGACAACCAACAACAAGCCGAAGACCUGCAGAAACUGCUCAACGUACUGCUCACUGGUGUUCUCGAGGGUCACUCACGCGUAGCCCAUGCGCACGAAUAUGCCCUUCAACAAGUCUCCGUCCGAGCGAACGAUGGCAUUGGAGCCCUGGUUGCGGUAGUCGCUACAGCCGCAGCUUCAACCACCGCGUUGCAACAACAAAUCGAACUCUCCAACCAACAAGCCGCCGCACUAGCCCGCCGUCAGGACAAUCUCGAGCAAGGAAUGGACCGCCUCCUUGCCGUCACCGAGACUCUCGCCACCAAAUACGAGGACCAAACACAAAGACUCCAACAAGCCUCCAACAUCACCAACGAGAUCCUCGACAUACUGGAGGACACCGUCGAAGCAGCAUCAUCUGUCAACGAAUCCUUCUUCACCGACGCAUCCUCGCGCAGCUGGUGGCCCUACAUCGUUUGCCCUACCGCUUCUCUCGUCAUGGGAUCGUAUGGCCUACCGCCCUCUGCUGUCCGUAAUCUUGCUCUCUUGGCGCUCGGCGAGGUGGCUGGGUUCAUGGUUUCGUCGUAUGAGCAGAUUGCUGGUGCUUUGCAGUCUUUUGAGGCCCCUCUCUACUCGUCGAUUUGGAAGGCUCCUGGAAACACAACUGCGUCCUCGCUCUAA